CAUGCGAGGCACUCCGUGGAAUUGGUGAAAAGGCAGCUACCAACGAAGUGACCGAGGUACUUCUCAAGGCACUUUCGGACCACGAUUCUGGCGUGAGAUCGUAUGCAUGCGAGGCACUCCGUGGAAUUGGUGAAAAGGCAGCUACCAACGAAGUGACCGAGGUACUUCUCAAGGCACUUUCGGACCACGAUUCUGGCGUGAGAUGGCAUGCAUGCGCGGCACUCCGUGGAAUUGGUGAAAAGGCAUCGUCGAAGAAAGUGAUUGAUGCUCUUGUCAAGGCACUUUCGGACGACGAUUCUGGCGUAAGACGGGACGCAUGCGAGGUACUCCGUGGAAUUGGUGAAAAGGCAUCGUCGAAGAAAGUGAUUGAUGCUCUUGUCAAGGCACUUUCGGACGACGAUUCUGGCGUAAGACGGGACGCAUGCGAGGUACUCCGUCGAAUUGGUGAAAAGGCAGCGACGAAGGAAGUGAUUGAUGCUCUUGUCAAGCUACUUUCGGACGACGAUUCCGACGUAAGACGGUAUGCAUGCGAGGCACUCGGUGGAAUUGGUGAAAAGGUAGCUACCAACGAACUGACCGAGGCACUUGUCAAGGCACUUUUGGACCAAAAUUCGUGCGUAAGAUCGCAUGCAUGCGAGGCACUCGGUCAAAUUGGUGAAAGGGCAGCUACCAAUGAAGUGACCGUGGCACUUGUCAAGGCACUUUCGAACGACGUUUCUGGCGUGAAAUGGCAUGCAUGCGAGGCACUCCGCCGAAUUGGUGAAAAGGCAGCGACGGAGGAAGUGAUUGAUGCUCUUGUCAAGGCACUUUCGGUCGAGGAUUGCUGCGUAAGACGGUGUGCAUGCGCGGCACUCCGUGGAAUUGGUGAAAAGGUAGCUACCAACGAACUGACCGAGGCAGUUGUCAAGGCACUUUCGGACGACGAUUCUAUCGUAAGACGGCAUGCAUGCGAGGCAAUCGGUAGCAUGGGUGAAAAAGCAGCAACGAAGAACGUGAUCGAUGCACUUGUCAGAGCACUUUCGGACGACGAUUCUAGCGUAAGAUUGCAUGGAUGUGAGUCACUCGGUCGAAUCGAUUCAAAAGCAGCGACGGAGGAAGUGAUCGAUGCACUUGUCAAAGCACUUGCGGACGACAAUUGGGUGGUAAGAUGCCAUGGAUGUGAGUCACUCGGUCGAAUCGGUUCAAAAGGAGCGACGAAGAAAGUGAUUGAUGCACUUGUCAAGGCACUUUCGGACGAGGAUUCCGACGUAAGAUGCCAUGCAUGCGAGGCACUCGGUCGAAUUGGUGAAAAGGCAGCGACGAAGGAAGUGAUUGAUGCACUUGUCAAGGCACUUGCGGAAGACGAUUCCGACGUAAGAUGCCAUGCAUGCGAGGCACUGAAUCGUGUGGGUGAAAAAGUGACCAGGAAGGGAAUUAUCGAUGGUAUGGUUGCUGGCUUGGGACAGACUUGGAAGGAUACUAAGAACUUGUCCGUAGAUAAAAUGAGAAGGUGGCUUUGUGCGAUUUGUGCCUUGGCUGUGUUCGACGAUAAUGAUAUGGAAACUACUGAGGAGCGGAUUGUUAGUAAAAGUUAUAUAGACUCGGAAUUAGUAUUACCUGGCAAGCUCGUAAAGAUUCUAAUACAGACAGAAGAUCGUGUAUUUCUCAGACCUGCUGUCCAUGGAUGUAUCAUUGGUGGAGCUGCAGUCUCUAUCGCUAAAAAUUCGUUGUGGAUUCAUGAGAGAGAACGAGUUACACAGGUAUUGAUUCCGAAAGGUAAGGAGGAAUCAGUCCAUGAACUCCGCCAAUUAUUCAGCGAAGUAGUUGGUGAUGUUGAUUUGAAGCUUAAUAUAGAUUGUAAAUGA